GCUGGGGGCGGGGCCCCGCACCCCCCACUCCGCCAGCCCCCCUCGCCCUCGCUCGUUUGGCCUCCCGGGUCCUUUCGGCUCCAGAAUGCCCCGGACCGUGGCCGUGCUGGGCGGCGGCAUCAGCGGCUUGGCCGCCUGCUACUACCUGAUCCGGGCCCCGCAGCCUCCGAAGGUGAUCCUCAUCGAAGCCAGCCAGCGCCUCGGAGGCUGGAUCCGGUCUGUUAGGGGGGAGGAUGGAGCUGUGUUUGAGCUCGGACCCCGAGGAAUCCGUCCUGCCGGAGAGCUAGGAGCCAGGACCUUGCUCAUGGUCUCUGAGCUUGGUUUGGAUUCUGCAAUUUUGCCAGUUCCCGGGAACCAUCCUGCCGCUCAAAAUCGAUUCCUGUAUGUGGGGGGAACCUUGCACCCCCUGCCUACUGGCCUCAGGGGACUGUUCCUUCCAGCCCCCCCUUUCACCAAGCCCCUGUUCUGGGCUGGGCUUCGGGAGCUGACUACUCCUAGGGGUAUGGAACCUGAUGAGACUGUGCACAGUUUUGCAGAGAGGCGCCUGGGACCUGAGGUGGCUUCUAUCGCCAUGGACAGUCUAUGUCGAGGAGUAUUUGCAGGAGACAGUAGAGUUCUCAGUAUCCGCUCCUGUUUCCCCAGUCUCUUUAAGGCUGAACGGACUCAUCGAUCUGUUUUGCUGGGGUUGCUACGGGGUUCAGGGCAGAGCCCCCUACUAGAUUCACCUCUGAUUAAUCAGGCCAGAGCUGAGCGUUGGAGCCAGUGGUCUCUUCGGGGAGGGCUGGAGACACUGCCCCAGGCCUUGGGCACCCAUCUGAGUCAUCAAGGAGUCGACGUUCUAAAGGGUCAGGCAGUUUGUGGACUCAACUUCCAGUCAGGUCGAUGGCAGGUAUCUCUGGAGGACAGCAGCCUGGAGGCUGAUCACAUCAUUAGUGCCGUCCCUGCUGCAGUGCUAAGUGAGCUGCUUCCCUCUGAGGCGGCCCCUCUGGCCCAGAGCCUGGACCCUAUUUAUGCUGUAUCUGUGGCUGUGGUGAAUUUGCAAUAUCAGGGGGUUCAUCUGCCUGUCCAGGGGUUUGGACACCUAGUGCCAUCUUCUGAAGACCCUGGUGUCCUGGGAGUUGUAUACGAUUCUGUUGCCUUCCCUGAACAGGACGGGAGUCCUGGCAGUCUUAGAGUAACGGUGAUGUUGGGGGGAGCUUGGCUACAGGCCCUGGAGAGUGGAGGGCAGAAGCUAUCUCAGGAACUAUUCCAGCAACAAGCCCAGAAAGCAGUUGCCACACAGUUGGGGCUAAAAAAGCCUCCAACUCAAAGUCUGGUCAGCCUACAUAAGAGCUGUAUUCCUCAAUAUACUUUGGGCCACUGGCAGAGACUAGAGGCAGCUGCCCAAUUUCUGGCCAAACAUCAGCUGCCUCUGACUCUAGCUGGAGCAUCUUAUGAAGGUGUUUCUGUCAAUGACUGCAUUGAGAGUGGGCGUCGGGCAGCAGCUCAAGUCUUGAAUGCUAUUCCUGACCUUUGACCCAGAACCUUUUUUUUUUCUUAUCCCUGCAGGCCAGGGGCUGCUGUCAAGAAUAAUAAAAUUGCUCUAAUUGGAAAG